GUCCUUUAUUCAUAAAUGAUGUUCCGUUUGGUCCUGCUGAUAUUUUGUUUGAUUGUUAACUUCAUUUUAGGUGGGAUUGCUUACCCAUAAGUCUUUUUUUGAAUGUUUUUGGUGUGGGCUUGCCUGAUUUGCCCUCACUUAAUUAUAUGGGAUGCUACUUCUUUUUUUUUUAUAUGUCGUAUCCCAUUUUUCUUGGGGGUAAGGGAAGCCGUUUAUGGGAACUUGGUUUGCUGCAUAGAAACGUGACUCACUGUCAUUGUAGCGAGGGGAACGUGGUUCACCCAAAUUCUUGUAUUGCUUCCCCUGUUUUUGCAGCAGCUCCUGCACCUAUCGGAAUUUGCUAUGGCCGACUGGCCAACAACCGGCCCUCCACCGCCGUCAACCUCCUCAAAUCGAAUGGAAUCACCACCGUCCGCCUCUUCAACACCGAUCUUGAUACACUCACAUCAUUCUCCGGCACCGACAUCUCCCUCAUGAUCGGAGUCCCCAACGAACUCCUCCCUUUCCUCGCCACCACCACCAUAGACCCCUCUCUCCAAUGGCUCCAAUCCAACAUCUUCUCCAACAUCUCCCCCACCCAAAUCAAGUACAUUGUCGUAGGCAACGAAAUCCUCCUCAAAGACCUAUUUUACACGCCCUAUUUAGUCCCUGCCAUGAACAAUCUGUACAUAGCUCUUCAAACUUUGGGUUUAUCAGACACAAUCAAGCUCUCAACAUCUCACGCAGCUUCGGUUUUGAUGAAUUCAUACCCUCCCUCGGCCUCAUCUUUCGAUCCAAAUCACCAAUCAAUAAUGGGUCCAUUGCUGCAAUUUUUGAAGGAUACUGGGUCGCCAUUGAUGGUCAAUGUGUACCCAUUUUUCAGCUUCACAAACAACCCACAAUUCGUAUCGCUAGACUGUGUUCACGUGAUGGUCAAUGGUAAGGUUCACGUCGAAACGUCAAUGGUAAGGUUCGCCAUUGAUGGUCAAUGGUAAGGUUCAUGUCGAAACGUCACAAAUGGCAAUUGGAAAACAAUGGUCAAACUGUGGGAAAGCCGAACGUGACACAAUUACUCG